AUGAAAGUAAUUGUUAAUUUUGGUGAAACAAAAGUCGUUGUACCAUGUGGUAUAAAUGGUGAUUUAUCUAUUCGAGAAUUAAUUCAUUCAGCAACAACUAAAUAUUGUAAAUUGUCUUCCUGUACUAAUGUUACUAAUUUAAACAGUGAUCAAGUCCAAUUGAGACUUAAUAAUGGUGCUGUUGUUGAUCCUGAUGAUCGAGUUUGUGAUGUAGCUGAUGAUAGAGAAGAAUUAUUUGCUAUUAUUGAAUCACAUACAACAAAUCUUAAUAGCAAUGGUGAAUUAUCUUCAAGUAUAACAAGUUCAAAUUUAUCAACAAGUUUAUCUGAACAUGAACGUCCUGGUAUACCACCUCCAAUACCAAUAACAUCAUUAAAUAAUCGUCAUGAAGUUAUUGUAACUGAUGCUGAUCUUCGAACUCGAUCUUUACGUAUCAAAACUGAAUCGAAUGACACACAUCAACAAAAUAUUAUUAAUAAUAUAAAUAAUCACAAACAUUCUCCUUUAACUCAAUCAUCUGAUAAUAAAGGAAUGUUUAAUAUUCAUAUUGAUGAAAAGACUGGUGAUAAAAUAUUUUCAAUAUCAUUACCAAAAGAAAAUAGUCCAUUAGGUAUACAUGUUAUUCCAUAUAAUAGUAAUGAAAAUCAAGUAAAUGGACUUGUUUUACAAAAUAUUGAAUCUGAUGGACGUAUAAAACGUCAAGGUAUAUUAGAAUUAAAUGAUCGUAUUAUAGAAAUAAAUCGGAUUAAUAUUGAACGAUGUUCAUUUGAAGAAGCUCAAUUAAUAUUUCGAAAUGCAUUACUUGAAUCUGCACUUGAAUUAAAAAUUGUUCGAAAUAUAAAAAAAUCAUCAAUACCAUUUUAUUUAAAUCAAAAAACUGAUAUUAAUCAAAAUACAAAAUAUUUAAGAAAAAUAAUUAAAAUAACACUUGUUAAAGGUACAGAUGGUCUUGGAUUUAAAUUAGCUUCACGUGAUAAUCCAACUGGUAUAGCUAAUCCAAUAUAUGUUAAAACAAUAUUUGGUAAAGGUGCUGCUAUUGAAGAUGGUCGUUUACGUAAUGGUGAUCGUUUAUUAACUGUUAAUUCUAUUGAUGUUACACAAAUGUCAUUACAAGAAACGGUUGGUUUAUUACGUGAAACAAAAAUUGGUGAUACUGUUCAUUUAUGCAUAUCAAGACAACAUGAUGGAUCAUUACCAGAUGAUUUAGUCAAUGAUGAAAUAAAAAAACAAAUCAUGACAUUUGAUAUACCAUUACGAGAUACAUCAUCAGCUGGUCUUGGUAUAACACUCAAAGGAAAAACAUCAAUUAUUGAUGGAAAAUCAAUUGAUUUAGGAAUAUUUGUUAAAAGUAUUUUAACUGGUGGUGCAGCUUAUCGAGAUAAACGACUUUGUUCAAAUGAUCAAAUACAUAUUGUUAAUGAUGUAUCACUUGUAAAUAUGUCAAAUAUAGAAGCUGCAACUAUUUUACAAGAUGCUGUACGAAAAGAAAUUCAACCAGGAUUUAUUAAAAUAACAAUAUCACGUUUAUUAAAUGAUGAACAAGAUUCAAAUGCAAAACAUGUUAAAGAAAUUGAAUUAUUAUCAUCAUCAUUAGUAAUGAAUAAUGAUGAAAAUGAAUUAGAUCUAACAAAUUUUGUUCCAUCUGUUAAUCGAAAAUAUCCAAUAAAAUCGGAUAUUCGUUCGACAAUAAAUCAAUCACCUGCAAAAAAUCAAACAACAUUACAUGAAAAACAAAAUCAAGAAGAAACUAUCAAUGAAAAUACAAAUCCAUUUGAACGUGAAACUCCAUUUCGACAAAGUAUUUCAGAAAAACGUCGUUUAAAUCAACAACCUAAUAAUCAAGCUAUACAAUGGAAACAACGAUCAUUUCAAGAUACUCGAACAAAUAGUGAACGAAGACAAGUAAAUCGACCAUUGCCUGAUUCAUCAUCGAAUUUUAUACGUUCAACAUCAUAUGAAAGUAUUCAUAGAGCAACAGAAGAUGAUGAACGAAAACGUCAAGCUAAAUUACGUAAUCGAGCUUGUAAUGAUUCAUUUCGACAAGCUGUUGAUAAAUCUUAUUGUCAAAAUAAUCAUGAUUAUUCUAUAAAUGGUGAUAAAUCAAAUAAAACAGAUAAACAACGAUUUAAAUUUUCAAAUUUAUUUACUACAAAAUCAAAACGAAAAGAAAAUCAAGAUGAAAAAUCAACAUCAAAUCAAACAACAAAAACUAUUAUUAUUCAUUCACAAUCACCUUCUCAUGAUAAUCAAACAAUAUUUUAUCCACCUCCACCAACACCAUUUAGUUCACGACAAGAUCCAACAUCACCUGCUAAUAAAUCAAUCAAAUAUCAAAAUAAUGAACGUUCAUUUACUAAUUCUGCUUAUCAUCUAUCAAAUAAUCAACAACAAGGUUAUCAACCAUAUCGUUUUGAUUCUCAUCAAAUAUCUUAUAAUCAAAAAAACAUUGAACAAUCUACACCAAUACAUCAUGAAUUAAAAAUUAUAUCUGGUAAAUCAUCUUUAUCAACUAAUCUUCAAAAAUCUUCACAUCCACCAAUUCCACAACAAUUUUUACAAUCAAAUAUUAAUGGUACACAAUCAUUAAAACAUCAUCAAAUUAUAUCACGUUCACCUUAUCCAUCAACAUUUCUUGUUCAAUCAAAUCAUUUAAAUUCUCAUAAUCAUAAUAAAGAUAUAUCAAAUAAUACAUCUCAACAAAUAAAACGAACAAGUUAUACAAUAUCAUCACGUAAUUUUUUACCAUUUGAAAAUCCAGCUAAUGUUUAA